AGAGACAGACAGACAGAGAGAUUCAGUCUGCAGAUCUCAGUGUGACGUUCGGCUGCUCCUCUGCCUCUGAGUCUUCUUCUUCGUCUGCUGAUUUGUGUGUGGAGUGUAAAGGUCAGAGGUCAGAGGGAUCAGACAAGCACUGCUGAGAUCGGGGCCAACGCAGAGAAAUGUUUCAGCAAACUUCAGGAGAUCAAACCUGAAGCUGUUGUCACAUGUCGGAUGUUAAAACUUUUGGAUUCUUCUUGCUUAUCAUUUUUCAUCAGUGGACAUCAGCGGAUUUGUGGGAAUUACCUAAUCGAAAAGAAAUAAUUUAAUACCUUCCUCUUUGGACUCGUGGAUAUUCAGUUUUUAUUUGGUGUUUUCCUCAGUCUGAACCCUCCUGGAGUCCAGACAGUUUUCAGUCUGAAGUGGGGUAUACUUUGGGUCUUUGGGCCUCUGUGUGUCACUGCUGCUGGUGCAGUUUUUGUCUGAAUGCCCCAGGAUUAUCCAGUGGCUGCAGCUCCACCCCAGGUCUGCAGGGCGGCAGCAGAGAGCGGCAGUCAGCCGCUGGAUAAGCGGAGCAUCGGCAUGAGCGACUUCUGGCACAAGAUGGGCUGCUGUGUGGUGGCUAAACCACCGCCGAAGAAGAAGAGGAGGAAGAUUGAUCGCAGUAUGAUCGGAGAACCAACAAACUUCAUUCACCUCACACACAUCGGCUCCGGAGAGAUGGCAGAGGGCCUGCAGCCGUCGGGGUCGGUUCAAGAACAAAUGAGGUCUAAAGGCCCGAACAUGAACGGCAGGAACAGCCUGUUAUAGCCGGAGUGUAUUAAACUGACGUAGACCAGCUGACCGACCUUCUCUUUCCUCUGAAUGAGCCUCUCCCACAUCUGACCACCGACCAUGGGCUGCGACCCCCCUUCUACCCGGCUCAGGCAUUCAAAGCACUGCGCCGUCAGCCACCUGCAGGGGGCACCAUCGCGAUCCUGACCAGCCAAAUCUCUCCUUUGAGGAUUAUAACUUUAUUUAAAAAAUGUGUAUUAUUGCAAAGUAUUUUCUACAAGCCAAAACUGAGAAUCAGUAGCCACUUAAAAAAACAUCCAGUCCAGACGGACAAUCCUGCUGAUCUUUUCCACGUCUCAGAUCCAAUAAAGUGCCAGCUAUAGGAUUUGGACUACAUCUCUCAGCAUGCCUUAAAACUCCCUUUACGUACACAUCAUGCUUAACUCUGACAAUAAGGAGACAUUUUUAUUACUGGAUUUAAAUAUAAACAAUUUGGAUCGGAGUUUAAGAACUAAUGUCCACGUGUUGUACUUGUUUUCACCACUAGAGGGCUGACAUGAAGAUGUUUCCCCUGUCAAUAUUAAAUAAAACCAACCAAUGACAUCACUGGACUCCAUUUCCCAGAAUCCCCUUGACAGAAUGUCUGUAUUUAAGGACGAAAAACUGGUUUCAAAGUGCUUUAAACAAAAUGUCACAAACAGACUACGUUUCCAAGCAUUCGGAGGGAAGUUUUCUCUAAACUUUCCCAUCCAGGAGGUUCCUUUAUUCAAACCGUCAUGCUGGUGGUAGUCCUAGGAUUCCCAGGAUGCUUUACUCUGCUCAGUUGUGCUCUGUAACAGGAGUAUUAAACAUUUUGUUUGUUUGUUUCCAAAGCCCUGCCUCUGUUCAUUGGUCACAUGGCCUCAGUGAUGACAUCAUUGGACUUCAAUUCCCAGGAUGCUUCACUCCACACAGCCUCACUGCUGGUGCUGAAUGAUUUAAGACUCUUAUUCUCGGAGAUGGGAAAGUCCCCCUUGUGUGUGUGUGUGUGUGUGUGAUGUCAUAUGGUCUUUAUAUCCCACCAGUUUAAAUAUAAUUGUUGCUUCCCUCUCACAGGGGACAGGAAACGCAAUUCAAAACUUCCAUCAGAAAAUGAUACGUUUUUGUCAAAGUUUCCACUUAUACAAAGAUGUUAUUUGUCUUUCUUUUCAGUUGACUAAUUAAACUGCGGGUUGGGGCCCUAAACGGGUCUUACGCCAACAAGACAAGUUAAUAGACAAACUUUUAACUUCACGUGGCACGCUGAGACCUUUUUCAGGACUUCUGUUUAAAAACAUUUCAUGCUGCAUCUGGUGGGAAUAUGAGUGUUUAACUGCUUUAUAUAUUUUGACAAUUUGAACAUUUUUAAGCAGACAUCAUUUUUAAUUUUCUGCUGUUUUUUUUUUUUAAUGUGAUUUUCUGUUUGAUUUCUCAUAUGUCACCUUUUUUUAAAUUUUGUCUUCUUUCUGAGUUUUUCCACCUCUGUUUCAGGGAUUCAGUUUGGGUCUCUUGAUGCGUGGACUGAGCUGAAGAUGUCAAAUAUUAGAGAGGUCAUGGGAAAGCUUAAAUAUCCUUUGCUAAGUAAAGAAUUUCUUUGAAUAUCAGCUGCCACCCUGAAAUUAAUUAUUGUAGAAUUUGAACUGUCAUGCAUUAAAUGCAUGACAGUUCAAAUUCCCCAAAAUGUUUAAUUCCAGUCGUAAGAUGGGGUGGAGCAGAGGCCACCAACCAAAUGUGUAUUUAAACAAACAUAAAACUGCACAUUUUACUUACAGAUUAAACUCCUAUAGACCCUU